AUGGGGAACGUGUCGCCCACUCCACACCAGCUGCUCACGGAGUCUGUCAUUUUCUGGAGCAUUGCGAUUGUCCUCUACGUUGGUAGAAUGUUUGCGCCAACCCGUGUGACAGCUACUAACAUUCUGAUCCAAAUAUCCGCCCGUUAUGCGACGAACCUGAUGGACCCAGCCGACUACGACAAAGUUCUCGCCAAUCCUCAAGAAGUCAAGGACCGGAUCAUUGGUAGUAAGAUCGUCAUUGGAUUGGAACAGUGCAUGCUGUUCUCAACCUGGGGUGUCAAGAUCUGCAUGUUGACCCUGUUCUGGCGGUUAACUAAGAACCUCCGAUUACAUCUCUAUGUCAAGAUCAUUGCGGUGUAUGUUGCGGUUGGCUUCGUUGUGAUUAUGGUCACCUAUUAUGGCGUCUACUGCCGACCAUUCUCCCAGUACUGGGCCAUGCCUGUCAAGGACCUGCAAUGUGCGACCUACCAGAACUACUCCAUCACUCAGGCAGUCUUCAACAUAUCGUCGGAUGCAGCCAUGCUAGCGGUCCCGGUCCCGCUACUCAUUAAAGCACAGAUAAAGAUGAGAAAAAAGCUGCUGCUUAUCUGCAUCAUGAGCCUCGGUGUAUUCACCAUUGUGGCGGCCAUUCUGAACAAAGUGUUCAAUUUCGCCUCCCCUUUGACCACCACCUAUCAGAUUUGGUACAUUCGGGAGGCCAGCACAGCAAUCUAUGUGGCGAACUUGAUGUGCUUAUGGCCGCUGCUCCGCAAGCUAUUCGGCCUGAAGGCAUUCUUAUACGGAAGCAGGCAGUACCGACAGCAGGGUGCUCAGGGUGGCAAGGAAUCCUCAGGCUCACAGUCGCGACCUUCGUUUUCUCUAAACCGAGUCCUCAAGAUCAAAGGGUCCGGAUAUCGACGGGCUAUCAACGAGCUUAUGCCGUCCCUCAAACAGGAUGGGCGAGAAGCAAGCAAGGAAGCAAUCGCCAAACCAUCCUCUGAACACCUGGAGAACUCCGCAGAGCUCCAGGGAAUAGACUUGGACGAAUGGGACGAUCAACGAGAAUGUAUGAAAAAGGGACGUGUGCAAAUUGAUCUUGAAGCUGGAUCGAUCAAGGACAACAAUACAUCGGAAUCACGCUCUAGAUCGGGUACACCAGGGCGAAUAGCCUACCAGGCCGGUGAAUGGAGGGUUUAA